AUGGAUGAGUCGGAUCCGACGCUGAUGCCGGACAUGUCGCUUGUGCCCGACACCGUUCCGGUGGUGGUGUCGGGCGACACCGGCGGCGCCGGCAUUCAACUGUGUCCCGCGUUGAUACUCGGAAGUGCCCACGCGCUUCCAGGUGCUGUCAAACACGUCUACAGUAGGUUGGCGGCCGCCGCCAACGAGGUCGAUCAAGGUGUUCCCGAUGUCAUUCUGAGUUUGGUGUCCGAUGGCAAUUCGCUGUCGACAAAGUACAUGGGAGCCGUCGAGAAUGCCCUUAAACGGUUCAUGUCGAAUUGCGGCACGUGGAUCGUCUCAUCCGGCGAGGUCAACGAUCCGCUGGCGCGCUGCGCGAGCACCGUCAUGAAGAACACGCUGCCUCAAUUGGAGUAUGCCGCCGAGGUGCUUCAUGUUCUUAUCAAUUCGGACGACGUCAUCGCAUCGGAUUCGGCAUCGACGAAGAGCAUCGUCGACACCUCGCUCAACACCCUAAUGCUUAUAUGUCGGUCGGAUGAGAGUGUCGAGAUGUCGACGAUUCGACCAGCAGCGGCCAUCAAGCUUGCUCAUCCGCCGCCGGCUCUUCUCAUCGGUGUGCCGACGGAUGCGAUGAGUCCCUCGUCAAAUCCGAACAGCUCAGCGGCGAUUCUUUUGUCGCCUUCCAAUGAUAAGCGCCCGUUUCCAGUGGUCCUGUUUGCCGGAGCUUCACGACAAUCCCUCAUCGAGCUUCUCUUCUAUGUCGAGCAUGGCGUUCCUGUAAUCGUAUUGCAAGACAGCUGCGAACUCUGCGCAAUUCUUCACUCGUGCUCACUGCUAAUGGAGAAUUCCAACUUCGAGCAUGAUCGAUUUAUGGAUUGGCUACGCUCCCAGCUUCAUCCAUUGGGACUAUCGAGCUCGUGCGAAAUUGUCUCGAAAAUUUUUGCGAGCUCGAGCUCCGGCGACACACAACUUUUGGAGUUUAUCGAUGCUCGACAGCUGCCAGAUCUCGCCUCGAUUGUCGUCGAUCGCUGCCUGGAAUGCUAUGUGACCAGUGGUGUUGAGAAGCAGGUGCUUCUGCUCGCCGCAAAACUCAACUCACCAUCGGUGUUGUCGUCAAUGGAUGUCGCGGUGCAACUCGAUGAAGAUUUACUCACGAUGAUCCUUUGCGAAUGUAUUACAAAUGACGAUCAGCUCAAUUUUUUAUCAUCCGUGCUAUCUUUGAAUCCUCCGAUUCGGGUCACUUCGAACAUGCUAAUACGAAUGAUGCAUCACGCCGAUGAGCAUUUCUUUACUACUAUCGUGCUUUGCCAAUGCAUGGGCUACUCGUAUCUCCCAUCCGAAAUUGAUCCAAAAUUCGCGUUUGCUGUUCAAAAGCUUGUGAAGGAAUUAUCGUUUGGCGUCGAUAAUUUAUUUGAGCCGAAUGCGUUCUGCAAUGAUGCUUCACAUCGAGAUAAUGAUGAGUCGAUUAGGAUACUAGCGAUAUGGUGCUUGUUAUUGCACCGCCCGGGAGUUGUUCAAUGCCUUGCUGCCUUUGCUGACGAGCCAGUAGCAUUUUUCCUAGUGUUGUCACGAAUAGCAAGAUCAUUGGCUAGAGAAAGUCAUGACUAUCAUUUCUACGAGAAAUCACUUCUGGAUCUUUCCGAAAACCUUUCAAAAAGUGCCACUCAGUUGUUCGACCAAGUUUUUGUCACGAGCCCCGCAAAAGCCUAUCAGCUUCUUUGCCAGCCGAUUGAACCAUUUUAUGGUUUCUCAAUAACCCAAUUAGCAUUCCACUGUAACGCCAGAGACAUAAUUGCCCAUGAAUGCUGUCAACGAUGGGUUCAUAGGAAACUGUACGGGAACUUGCAAGCCAAAAACUCGCCGGUUUUUAUACCCAAAUGGCUCAAAUUUAUAUUAGCAGCAUUUUUCAUCUUCCCAAUCCGAAUUUGGAUGCUUGUCCGUCCGAAGAAUUUCCCGAAGAAUGACGCAAUGUCGCCGACAGUGGCCCUUCUCGAUGUUGGCCGCGUGCCAACCAAACAGCGAGCAGUUUCAACGUAUAGUGUGAUUUCAUCGAGAAGCGAAGCGCUGACAACUUUAACCGCCCCAUUGUCAACAGCGUUUGGACUGAACUCGGCAAUCGGCGGCGCCGAAUCAGCGACACCUCAAUCGAUGAUCUUCCCAUUGAAUAUCGAGGAUAUGGAAAAAGACACACGACCUUUCGGGAAGAAGAAUCGGAUUCGAAGGGCGCACAGCCCAUCAAUCGCCACCUUCUACUCAACGCCGAUUGUCAAAUACUGGCUCUCAUUGAUGUUCAGAAUAAUCUACAUCUGCUGCCUAGCGUAUUCCGUGAUUCUGCCCGGAUGCGGUUCCAACAUUUGGGAUACGGUAAUGUGGACGUGGUCAUUCUUCUGGUGGAUUGAAAGCGUUUUCGUGUUGGCGGCAAGGGCGCAGAGGAUUCCGUUAGGACUGAUGCCGUGGCGGUUGUUCGAUGCCGCCAUCUUUGCCGUCUUCCUGUUGCUCCUUCUCGCGAUGAAGGUGUUCCCAGUGGUGCCGAUUCUCGAUUUUCUGAACAUUCAUUCCACGUACGCUUCCAAAGUGGUCUCAUCGUUCUUCGUCCUUUACGUGAGCUACUCGACGUUGUUCACUUAUAUUCCGCUAUCGGAAAUCUUCGGGCCGAUGAUCGUUCGCGUCAAAUUGAUGCUCCUCAGAGACUUCACCAACUUCCUAUUCAUGAUCGCGUUGGUGAUGCUGAGCAGCGCGGUGGCCAUUCAGAGUGCGGUGUUUCCCGAUCGUCAGAUGACGAUGACCGUCCUACGCGAUCAGCUCUCCUGGAUAUGGCUCAGUUUGUUCACCACCGACCUUUCCAGUUUGAAGGAGUCGGACACGUGCCGAAAAUCGUUUUUGGGCGCGCCCAAGCACUAUUGCACUUCGGUUGGAGAGUACGCCAAUUCUUCAUGUCCAACACAAUCCUGGUCGGCCUAUUUGAUCAUUGUUGAAUAUUUCGUGUUGCUCAAGCUUCUCCUCUGGCCAAUCCUUUUCGCGUUUUUCGCGAAAACCGCGAAGACUGUUGACGGCGAGGCCGAGAAAAUCUGGAGGUUUCAGUUGUACUCACUCGCCGAGGACUUCAGGCUCCGCCCACCUCUGCCGCCGCCAUUCACGAUUCUUUGUGUAUUCUGCACGGCGUGCUGCACGUCGCCGAACAAACUCACCGGAAUGUUCAGCUUCUCGGAAAGCGAUCAUCCCGAUUCGGAUGGUCGCGAUCGUUCGCGCGCCACUUGGCGAUUCGGAUCGAUCUAUCGCAAUCCGUCGGUACCAUUCAAGAAGAAUGAGUUUGUGAGCGCGUUCUGGAAACGAUUGUCGGUGGAGCAAUGGAAAGGACAUCAGAGGAAGGCGAGCAGCGGGGAUGGCGGUGAGCUUCAUAGUAUUCAGAAUCACAUUCGAAUGAUGGUGCUUCGAGAUUCCUAUAAGAAAUCGGAUUCCGUGUCGGCCACCGAGCUUCACACCUUCAUUCCUUACGCGAACACCAGUGUGAUGAAGAUUCAGGUGCUGCCGUCUCAUCGGCCAUGGCGAAUCUUGAUGCCGAAAUACAAUCCGCCGUUUUAUUGCAAACCUGCCGACGAGUUUCCCGGCGACACUCAGAAGUAUGUCGAGGUGGCGACGGAACAGAAUAUCGGCGAAUUGCGACGCAUUUGGAGGGAUCGCCAAUCGAAUGAUAUGGUGAACGUCAAUUCUACGAAAUCGUGGAAAUUGUCGGCAGCCGGGUUCCCAUUGAAUCCGAAUGGAAGGACUGGAAUUCAAGGUCGCGGAAAUCAUCCGAAAUUCGGCGCCAAUCGCAAAUGCUUCUACAUUAUACUUUCUGGAGGCGGCACGACGUCAUGCCAAUUUCUUGUCGAUCAGAAUAGGAGUCUGCCGAAUGAAUGGCAUCUCGAGCAUUCAUCGAAAGAUGAUAAUCUGACGUCGCUAUUGAAAAUGAUUGGGAUUAGUGAUUCGGAUGCGCAUAUGUUCUCAAUGAGACGAAUUGAUAGCUCAAUAGUGAGUAUUGACAAACGAAUGAGCUCUGGCGAGACUAGUCCAGCUCAUAUCGCCUCAGAGGUUGUCGAUGGCGACAACGAUACGGAUAAUGCGUGGACUGAGCAUGAUAUUUGGGCGGUGUCAUUGAGGGAUCGCCGGAUUCUCUCAUCGAUUAUUGGAUAUUCUUGGGUUCAAACGAGCGCGGCGCGCGGUACAAUUUCAGCGUGGCAAGAGGAGCUUGUUGCCAAAGCGAAAACAAUUUACGGGUUGUAA